GAGAAACUUUAGUUUUGGAGUAUUCUUUUGGCAGAAAAUCAAAUCAAAAACAAGGUCUUGAAAAAACAAUUUGUCAUAUUUGGGAGUACGGCGGGAAACUUGACAUCUUGGCAAAAAUAUUACUGUCCAUACCAAUCAACGGGAAAUAUUGCUAUUGUAUCAUGAUCGAUUUAAGUAAAGUAAAAUCAAUCUGGAACACAAUAGAUUCUUGUAUAUCCGCAAUGAAUGAAGCUUAUGUUGACUCAAAACCAGAGAUAGUUAUAAUAUGUGGAAAAUACGAUCUUUUUAAAAAUUAUGGUAGGUACACAGUAGGUACAUUCAACAUCAUCUAUGUUGAAUGUACAUAAAAUAUAUAGUUAUUAUCAGUAUAUAACAUUUACGCACUACCAAUGGAUUGAAAUAAUAAUAACUCUAUAGUACCUACCCCAAAAAAAAACGUAGUGUUUAAAUUCUCUUUAUUCAAAACGCUUGAAAUACCUACCUAUAUUAUGGAUUCGCAAUUCGCUCUAAUAUUUUUUUAUCGAUUCGCAAUCUGCUCCAAUAUUUUUUAUGCAAAAGUGAGAAAUAUGACUAACGUAUCUUAAAUGCGACUUAAUUAUUCAAGUAACUAUUGAAGUGUGGCGAAUAUAGUUGAAUUAAUAACCUACAGAAAAACUCCACCCGACUUGAAUAUUAAUGAAGUUACGUUAUGGAAGUUACACACGACUGCACUUCAGGUUACCACAAUAUCAAAUAUAAGCUCUACCAUCAAAGCAUUAAGGUUUAAAAUUAAGUGGAGAAAUUUGUCAGAUUUGUAUAACCUGACGUGCUGUUAAUUGUACUCGUGUAGUUAGGCAGAUAAAUUAUAUUUUCAGAUGCUGAGAUAAAAAAAGUAAUAUGCAUUACUCUUAGGAGUAUAUCUCUGCUCUUACGAGCACAUUUGUUAUUUUAUUCAUCAAAAGAUUCACAAUUGGUAAAAAGAGCCAAAGAUUUGUUACAUUGUAUGGGUUUUGGCAGCAGUAUGUCAGUAAAGGACAAGAAUUUUAAUUUCAUGAAACCAUUGAAUAUUCCAAAGGGAGCAGACUCGUGGGAAAAUAUUGGUAUUCCACCAUCUACAUUUGAACAGAUAAAAGUACGGCAUCUCUCACGUUUACCACCUGAGUCGGGAAUCGCGGCGCCUGAUGCAACUUUGCCCUCCCAUCGAUCUUACCCUGAACCUGUGCUCGACUCCAAAAUUGCCUCACACUAUGAAGAAUUAAAAAACUCUGAAUCAUUUGAUAUUUCCCUACAUGACUACUUGAUUGACCUAUUCGCCAACUAGUGGUUACAAUGACGUCGGACUUUGAAAUGUCAAAUGGCUGGCGGUCAGUACGAAGGUUAUGUAAACAAACAAUAAUUUCCAUGUAAUAUCUUCAUUUACUCAGAUUCUAUUAGAUCCAGUAAAUCUAUAGUGUCGAUUAUAAUUGUUAACGUGGACACGGUGGAACUCGUACUUGCAAAUAACAAACAGAAGAAAAAAAACAAAUGAAUGUCGCCUAACAAAACACAAAUACAUGUCUAAAUGGCUGUAUAAAUUUGAAUUUGGAAUUCCCAACCAAGGAGGAGAAAUUUGUGAUGAAAGUGGCCAGUACGACAAAACGCCAAUUUCAUUAUAUAACAUAAGGAAAAAAUAUUUA